AUGACGGCGCAGUUAAAGAUGCUGUGGGAAGGCUCAACUUUUUACCGCUUAGACAUUCUCUUCAUUCACUUCUUCACAAAGCAACCUGCAAACAACCAAGGCCAGCCCGCCCUUCCGCCUCUGCCUCCGCCCCAUCAGCAGCACCCUGCACAGCACCCUCCGUCCAUCACUUCUCUCAACAGAAACUCCCUGACCAACAGAAGGAACCCAAGUCCGGCCCCGCCGGCUGCUUUGCCCGCCGAGCUGCAAACCACACCCGAGUCCGUCCAGCUGCAGGACAGCUGGGUCCUUGGCAGUAAUGUACCACUGGAAAGCAGGCAUUUCCUAUUCAAAACAGGGACAGGGACAACGCCGCUGUUCAGCACUGCCACCCCAGGAUACACAAUGGCAUCUGGCUCAGUUUAUUCGCCGCCUACCCGGCCACUGCCUAGAAACACCCUAUCGAGAAGUGCUUUUAAAUUCAAGAAGUCUUCCAAGUACUGUAGCUGGAAAUGCACCGCCCUGUGUGCUGUAGGCGUGUCCGUGCUCCUGGCAGUCGUCCUGUCGUAUUUCAUAGCGAUGCAUCUCUUUGGCCUCAACUGGCAGCUACAGCAGCCUGAAAACGACACGUUUGAGAACGGAAAAGUGAAUUCUGAUACUGCGCCAACAAAUACUGUGUCCUUACCUUCUGGCGACAACGGAAAAUUAGGUGGAUUUACACAAGAAAAUAACACUAUAGAUUCUGGAGAACUUGAUAUUGGCCGAAGGGCAAUUCAAGAGGUUCCUCCUGGGAUCUUCUGGAGAUCACAACUCUAUAUUGAUCAGCCACAGUUUCUGAAAUUCAAUAUCUCUCUUCAGAAGGAUGCAUUGAUUGGAGUAUAUGGCCGAAAAGGCUUACCACCCUCCCAUACUCAGUAUGACUUCGUUGAGCUCCUGGACGGCAGCAGACUGAUUGCGAGACAGCAGCGGGACUUGCUGGAGCCCGAAAGAGCAGGCAGGCAGGCGCGCUCCGUCAGUCUGCACGAGGCCGGCUUUAUCCAGUACUUGGACUCUGGAAUCUGGCAUCUCGCUUUUUACAACGAUGGGAAAAAUGCAGAGCAGGUGUCCUUCAAUACCAUCGUCAUAGAGUCUGUGGUGGAAUGCCCCCGAAAUUGCCAUGGAAAUGGAGAGUGUGUUUCUGGAACUUGCCAUUGUUUUCCAGGAUUUUUAGGUCCGGAUUGCUCAAGAGCAGCGUGUCCGGUGUUGUGCAGCGGUAAUGGACAGUACUCCAAGGGCCGCUGCCUCUGUUUCAGCGGCUGGAAGGGCACGGAGUGCGAUGUGCCCAACACGCAGUGUAUCGACCCGCAGUGCGGGGGGCAUGGGAUUUGCAUCAUGGGCUCUUGUGCCUGCAACUCAGGCUACAAAGGAGAAAGCUGUGAAGAAGAAAUCUGUUCGGUGGACUGCGGCUCGCACGGGGUGUGCAUGGGGGGCACCUGUCGCUGUGAAGAGGGCUGGACGGGCGCCGCCUGCAGCCAGAGGGCCUGUCACCCGCGCUGCACCGAGCAUGGCACGUGCAACGACGGCAAGUGCGAAUGCAGCCAGGGCUGGAACGGGGAGCACUGCACCAUCGCUCACUAUUUGGAUAAGAUAGUUAAAGAGGGCUGCCCCGGUCUGUGCAACAGCAAUGGGAGAUGCACGCUGGACCAGAACGGUUGGCACUGUGUGUGCCAGCCGGGGUGGAGAGGAGCAGGGUGCGACGUGGCCAUGGAGACGCUCUGUACGGACAGCAAGGACAAUGAAGGAGAUGGCCUCGUUGACUGUAUGGACCCUGACUGCUGUUUACAGAGUUCCUGCCAAAACCAGCCUUACUGCCGAGGACUGCCGGACCCUCAGGACGUCAUCAGCCAAAGCUUACAGUCCCCCUCGCAGCAGGCUGCCAAAUCCUUCUAUGAUCGCAUCAGUUUUCUUAUAGGGUCCGAUAGCACCCAUGUCAUACCCGGAGAAAGUCCUUUCAAUAAGAGCCUUGCAUCCGUCAUUAGAGGCCAAGUACUAACUGCUGAUGGAACUCCACUUAUUGGAGUAAAUGUCUCGUUCUUCCAUUACCCGGAAUAUGGAUACACGAUUACCCGCCAGGAUGGAAUGUUUGAUUUGGUGGCAAAUGGAGGGUCCUCUCUGACAUUGGUAUUUGAACGAUCCCCAUUUCUGACUCAGUAUCAUACGGUGUGGAUUCCAUGGAAUGUCUUUUAUGUGAUGGACACCCUCGUCAUGAAGAAGGAAGAGAAUGACAUUCCUAGCUGUGAUCUGAGUGGGUUCGUGAGGCCAAAUCCUAUCAUCGUGUCUUCUCCUUUAUCCACAUUUUUCAGAUCGUCUCCUGAAGACAGCCCUAUUAUUCCUGAAACACAGGUCCUCCAUGAAGAAACUACAAUUCCUGGAACAGAUCUGAAACUCUCCUACUUGAGUUCCCGAGCUGCAGGCUAUAAGUCCGUUCUCAAGAUCACGAUGACCCAGGCCGUGAUACCAUUUAAUUUAAUGAAGGUUCACCUUAUGGUGGCUGUCGUCGGAAGACUCUUUCAGAAGUGGUUUCCUGCAUCACCAAACUUGGCCUAUACUUUUAUAUGGGAUAAAACAGAUGCAUAUAAUCAGAAGGUCUAUGGUCUAUCUGAAGCAGUUGUGUCCGUCGGAUAUGAAUACGAAUCAUGUUUGGACUUGACUCUGUGGGAAAAGAGGACCGCCAUUUUACAGGGCUAUGAAUUAGACGCUUCCAACAUGGGUGGUUGGACAUUAGAUAAACAUCAUGUGUUGGAUGUUCAGAAUGGCAUCCUGUACAAGGGAAACGGGGAAAACCAGUUUAUCUCCCAGCAGCCUCCGGUCGUGAGUAGCAUCAUGGGCAACGGCCGAAGGCGCAGCAUCUCCUGCCCAAGCUGCAAUGGUCAGGCCGACGGUAAUAAACUGUUGGCUCCAGUUGCGUUAGCUUGUGGGACCGAUGGCAGCCUGUACGUAGGGGAUUUCAACUACGUUCGGCGAAUAUUCCCCUCCGGAAACGUAACAAGCGUUUUAGAACUCAGUAGCAACCCAGCUCAUAGAUACUACCUGGCGACUGAUCCGGUCACAGGAAAUUUGUAUGUUUCUGACACUAACACCCGCAGAAUCUAUCGCCCAAAGUCACUGACGGGGACAAAAGAUUUGACUAAAAAUGCCGAAGUGGUGGCGGGCACGGGGGAGCAGUGCCUUCCGUUUGAUGAAGCCAGAUGUGGAGACGGAGGGAAGGCUCUGGAAGCGACACUCAUGAGUCCCAAAGGAAUGGCCAUUGAUAAGAAUGGAUUGAUCUACUUUGUUGAUGGAACCAUGAUCAGAAAAGUUGAUCAGAAUGGGGUCAUAUCCACUCUCCUGGGCUCUAACGAUCUGACUUCAGCCAGGCCCUUAACUUGUGACACCAGUAUGCACAUCAGUCAGGUACGUCUGGAAUGGCCCACCGACCUGGCCAUUAACCCCAUGGAUAACUCCAUUUAUGUGCUGGAUAAUAACGUGGUCCUGCAGAUCACGGAGAACCGCCAAGUGCGCAUCGCGGCAGGACGGCCCAUGCACUGCCAAGUCCCCGGGGUGGAAUAUUCCGUGGGGAAGCACGCGGUUCAGACCACUCUGGAAUCCGCUACUGCCAUCGCCGUGUCCUACAGCGGGGUCCUGUACAUCACUGAAACCGACGAAAAGAAAAUUAACCGGAUACGGCAGGUCACCACCGACGGGGAGAUCUCCCUGGUGGCGGGAAUACCCUCAGAGUGUGACUGCAAAAACGACGCCAACUGUGACUGCUACCAGAGUGGAGAUGGCUACGCCAAGGACGCCAAGCUCAGCGCCCCGUCCUCCCUGGCCUCUUCCCCAGACGGCACCCUGUACAUCGCGGACCUGGGGAACAUCCGGAUCCGGGCCGUGUCGAAGAACAGGCCUUUCCUUAACUCGAUGAACUUUUACGAAGUCGCCUCUCCCACUGACCAGGAACUCUACAUCUUUGACAUCAAUGGCACCCACCAGUAUACUAUAAGCUUGGUCACUGGCGAUUACCUGUACAACUUUAGCUACAGCAACGAUAAUGAUAUCACCGCUGUGACUGACAGCAAUGGCAACACCCUUAGAAUUAGACGGGACCCGAAUCGGAUGCCAGUGCGAGUGGUGUCUCCGGAUAACCAAGUGAUAUGGUUGACGAUAGGAACCAAUGGAUGUUUGAAAAGCAUGACGGCUCAAGGACUGGAAUUGGUUUUAUUUACGUACCAUGGCAACAGUGGCCUGUUAGCCACCAAAAGCGAUGAAACCGGAUGGACGACGUUUUUUGACUAUGACAGCGAAGGGCGGCUGACAAAUGUCACAUUUCCAACUGGAGUGGUCACGAACCUUCAUGGGGACAUGGACAAGGCUAUCACAGUGGACAUCGAGUCAUCCAGCCGCGAAGAAGACGUCAGCAUCACUUCAAAUCUGUCUUCAAUCGACUCUUUCUACACCAUGGUUCAAGAUCAGUUACGCAACAGCUACCAGAUCGGGUACGACGGCUCGCUUCGGAUCCUCUACGCCAGCGGCCUGGAUUCGCACUACCAGACCGAGCCGCACGUCCUGGCCGGCACGGCGAACCCGACAGUGGCCAAGAGAAACAUGAGUCUUCCCGGGGAAAACGGGCAGAACCUAGUGGAGUGGAGGUUCCGGAAAGAGCAAGCCCAAGGGAAAGUCAACGUCUUUGGCCGAAAGCUUAGGGUUAACGGCAGAAACCUCCUUUCCGUUGACUUUGAUCGAACAACCAAGACAGAAAAGAUCUACGAUGACCACCGUAAGUUCCUGCUGAGGAUCGCCUACGACACGUCGGGGCACCCAACGCUCUGGCUGCCCAGCAGCAAACUGAUGGCGGUCAAUGUCACCUAUUCAUCCACCGGCCAGAUCGCCAGUGUCCAGUGGGGCACCACUAGCGAGAAAGUCGAUUACGACAGCCAGGGGAGGGUCGUAUCCCGCGUCUUUGCUGACGGCAAAACGUGGAGUUACACCUACUUAGAAAAGUCCAUGGUUCUCCUGCUUCACAGCCAGAGGCAGUACAUCUUCGAAUACGACCUGUGGGACCGGCUGUCGGCCAUCACCAUGCCCAGCGUGGCCCGCCACACCAUGCAGACCAUCCGGUCCAUUGGCUACUACCGCAACAUAUACAGCCCCCCGGAGAGUAACGCCUCCGUCAUCACGGACUACAAUGAGGAGGGGCUCCUCCUGCAAACGGCCUUCUUGGGUACAAGCCGGAGGGUCUUGUUCAAGUACAGAAGGCAGACCCGACUCUCAGAAAUUUUAUACGAUAGCACGAGAGUCAGCUUUACCUACGACGAAACAGCAGGCGUCCUAAAAACCGUAAACCUCCAGAGCGAUGGUUUUAUUUGCACCAUUAGAUACAGGCAGAUUGGCCCCCUGAUUGACAGACAGAUUUUCCGCUUCAGUGAAGAUGGAAUGGUAAAUGCGAGAUUUGACUAUAGCUAUGACAACAGCUUCCGAGUGACCAGCAUGCAGGGUGUCAUCAAUGAGACGCCACUGCCCAUCGAUCUCUAUCAGUUUGAUGACAUUUCUGGCAAAGUCGAGCAGUUCGGCAAGUUUGGAGUUAUAUAUUACGAUAUUAACCAGAUCAUCUCCACGGCCGUAAUGACAUACACGAAGCACUUUGACGCUCACGGCCGCAUCAAGGAAAUUCAGUAUGAGAUAUUCAGGUCGCUCAUGUACUGGAUUACAAUUCAAUACGAUAACAUGGGUCGGGUAACCAAAAGAGAAAUUAAGAUAGGGCCCUUUGCCAACACGACCAAAUAUGCCUACGAGUAUGACGUUGAUGGGCAGCUCCAGACGGUUUAUCUGAAUGAAAAGAUUAUGUGGCGUUACAACUAUGACCUGAACGGAAACCUCCAUCUGCUGAACCCGAGCAGCAGCGCGCGUCUGACCCCUCUCCGCUAUGACCUGCGAGACAGAAUCACUCGACUAGGGGACGUCCAGUAUCGGCUGGACGAAGAUGGGUUCCUGCGCCAGAGAGGCACCGAGAUCUUCGAGUACAGCUCCAAGGGGCUUCUGACCCGAGUGUACAGCAAGGGCAGCGGCUGGACAGUGACCUACCGUUACGACGGCCUGGGAAGGCGCGUGUCCAGCAAGACCAGCCUGGGACAGCACCUGCAGUUUUUCUAUGCUGACCUGACCUAUCCCACUAGGAUCACGCACGUCUACAACCAUUCCAGCUCAGAAAUCACUUCUCUCUAUUAUGAUCUCCAAGGACAUCUCUUUGCCAUGGAGAUCAGCAGUGGGGAUGAAUUCUACAUUGCGUCAGAUAACACGGGGACACCAUUGGCUGUGUUCAGCAGCAAUGGGCUUAUGCUAAAACAGAUUCAGUAUACUGCCUAUGGUGAAAUCUACUUUGAUUCCAAUAUCGACUUUCAGCUGGUAAUUGGAUUUCACGGUGGCUUAUAUGACCCACUCACAAAAUUAAUCCACUUUGGAGAAAGAGAUUAUGAUAUUUUGGCAGGACGAUGGACGACGCCUGACAUAGAAAUCUGGAAACGAAUUGGGAAGGACCCAGCUCCUUUUAACCUCUACAUGUUUAGGAAUAAUAACCCUGCAAGCAAAAUCCAUGAUGUGAAAGAUUACAUCACAGAUGUUAACAGCUGGCUCGUGACAUUUGGCUUCCAUCUGCACAAUGCCAUUCCUGGAUUCCCCGUUCCCAAAUUUGAUUUAACGGAGCCUUCGUACGAACUUGUGAAGAGUCAGCAGUGGGAUGAUGUGCCGCCCAUCUUCGGAGUUCAGCAACAAGUGGCGAGGCAGGCCAAGGCCUUCCUGUCCCUGGGGAAGAUGGCGGAGGUCCAGGUGAGCCGGCGCAAGGGCAGCGGCGCGCCCUCGUGGCUGUGGUUCGCCACGGUCAAGUCGCUGAUCGGCAAGGGCGUCAUGCUGGCCGUCAGCCAGGGCCGCGUGCAGACCAACGUGCUCAACAUCGCCAACGAGGACUGCAUCAAGGUGGCGGCCGUGCUCAACAACGCCUUCUACCUGGAGAACCUGCACUUCACCAUCGAGGGCAAGGACACGCACUACUUCAUCAAGACCACCACGCCCGAGAGCGACCUGGGCACGCUGCGGCUGACGAGCGGCCGCAAGGCCCUGGAGAACGGCAUCAACGUGACCGUGUCGCAGUCCACGACCGUGGUCAACGGCAGGACUCGCAGGUUCGCCGACGUGGAGAUGCAGUUCGGGGCGCUGGCGCUGCACGUGCGCUACGGCAUGACGCUGGACGAGGAGAAGGCGCGCAUCCUGGAGCAGGCGCGGCAGCGCGCGCUCGCCCGGGCCAGUGUCCUCAACCAUUACCAACUAACUAAGAGGCACCGUAGAAAACAGGCUGGUGGAAUGUAG